CGCUCGCACUUCUGGGGGCCUUGGGCGAGAGGAGGACGCGCCGAAAUCAGGGAAAGUUACUCGCUAAAUCGCUCGCCGACCCGGGAGGCUUCGUGAGUUGUCGGAAAUGCACGCGGGAGCUUCGCCGCAGUGAGUCCAGAAUCCUCCUGAGAUGCACGCGCAGCGAGCUAAAGGCUGCCGUGGAAUAAUUUCUCGUGUGAAGACGUGUUGCGGGGCCGCCAUUUUUCUUGCUGUGUUGCCUCUAAAGUCUGCUGCGACCCGAGAGGGGACUGAAAACCCUCUUUCUGUGACGUGUGCCUUAUCGUAAGACAGAAGCAAAAGAGGAUUUAAAGUAUUUAUUUCGUUAGCUGCUACUGCCAACCUUUCGCUGACAUGGAUAUUUAUCAGUUAAAAAAGUGAGGCUACUUUUUUUUUCCGUUAUAACUGACACUGACUGAAGGAGAGACAAAAAAUAUUUUAAAGAAAAGCUUGGCGAUUUCUCAUAAGGCGGAACGAAAAGGAGGAAGCUUCAUUGAUCAUUUGUUGCUUCGGCCCUCGGUUGGUUCUUUUUUUUUGUAAAUUCUCUUCAUUUUGGUUUGCCCUUCCCCGGAACUAUAUUUUCUCAGACCUGCUGAGCUAACGAAAUGUCCCAAAGUCGGAUCAAGUUCGUUGCAGCCCCCUGAAAAGAUUACUUAUUAUCAUUAUUUUUAAUUAAGUCUGCAACGUUUGUGUAGAAAUUACUCGAAAGGGGAAAAAAAAAAAAGGUAACAGGGCGACUGCAUGCCCUGCAUCUUCAGAACACUUUGCUGUGAUAGGCGGACCGGAACCAGGCUUAACGUUUUAUUUUGUUAUUAACUUGUUUUUCUUGAGCGGAAAUGUCCACUGCUCGCUUCGACUCGUCGGAUCGGUCCGCCUGGUACUUUGGACCCGUGUCUCGACAGGAGGCACAGAACCGGCUACAAGGACAGAGACACGGCAUGUUCCUCGUUCGAGAUUCCUCCACCUGCCCCGGCGACUAUGUGCUGUCAGUGUCCGAAAACUCCAAGGUGUCUCACUAUAUCAUCAACUCUUUGCCCAGCAAGAGGUUCAAGAUCGGCGACCAGGAGUUUGAACACCUCCCGGCUCUCCUGGAGUUCUACAAAAUCCACUACCUGGACACGACUACACUAAUAGAGCCAGCUCCCAGGUACACGAGCACCAUUAGCAGUCCCAUCCAGCCCCUGAUUGGUCAAGAUGAGAACCAGGAGUAUGUGCGGACACUAUACGACUUCACUGGCAGCGAUGCAGAGGACCUUCCAUUCAGAAAGGGUGAGGUCCUUAUCAUCCUCGAGAAGCCAGAGGAACAGUGGUGGAGCGCCAAAAAUAGAGAUGGACGCGUCGGGAUGAUCCCCGUGCCCUACGUGGAAAAACUGGUACGACCUCCACCCCAUCCCAGCCAGCCCACGCAUGGAUCUCGCAACUCCAACAGCUACGGGAUUCCCGAGCCCUCCCACACCCUCGUUAACGCCUACGCCCAGCCCCAGACGUCCUCUCCGCUGCCUCCUGGCACACCUGGCGCAGUUAUCAAUCCUCUACCGUCGACGCAGAAUGGCCCUGUCAUGGCAAAGGCCAUUCAAAAACGAGUGCCUUGUGCUUAUGACAAAACCGCUCUCGCUCUGGAGGUUGGUGAUCUCGUUAAAGUGACACGGAUGAACAUCAGCGGUCAGUGGGAGGGGGAGGUGAACGGACGAAGGGGGCUCUUCCCUUUCACCCACGUCAAAAUCAUAGACCCCCUGAAUCCCGACGAGAGUGACUGACCAAUAAAUCCAUGUGGCGCCUCGGCAGUACUGAUGUCUACCUGAGUUUGCUGGCUGUGUCCACCUCUCCCCGCCAGUGUUGCUGUUCUGAGCUUGUCUGCUUGUGGGGUUCCACACGAGCGACCCCGCCCCCCCACCUCUGUUAUUGCCAGCCCUUGCAAGGCUUUCUGGCUGUUUACAGCUGUUGGACAUCAAGGCUGAACUAAAACAUGACCCAGUUUCACUUGGCUCCAUCUUUUGUUUGUUUUUCUCUUUUAGCUGUAGACUGAAUACUUUACUUUGAAAUCCAGAUCACAUCUGUGCGAGUGUGAGUUUUUGUACGUCAAAGUGCAUGUUGUGCGUGUUCACAGUGGAUUUUUACAUUUCACCCCGUGUGUUUUCUCCCUGAAUAUUUCAGGUCAGAAGUUUUUGUUUGUGAAAAUGUGUUUUAUUGGCAUGAGGAUGUCUGUAAGGGCAGUAAACACAGGGGAGUGUGGGGGGGCCAUCAUCCCUAUGGACUUAAAAGAGCACUGAAGACAACGAGGAGCUGACCAGCCAGUAAAAUGAUCAAGUCACUGUUUUACCUUUAAACCAUCAGCGUGCACACGUUGGGUAUGUGGAGCAUCUGAGCUGUUUCAUGUCAAAGAUCACGUCUCGUUUUCUCCUCAUGAUUUAAUUCAUGUUAAUACGUGACAUGACCAUAUGAUGAAUUAUUGUUUCCUGUUUGUGCCAGCUGACCUAAAACAUUUCCCCUUCAUUCUGAGACCAUGUGACUAUGGAGUUUUUGCUUUUUUUUCCCCCCCAAGACUGAUUUAUUUUAUUUUUGUGUGUGUGUGUGUGGGUGGGGGCUAUCAGAACAGAGCACUAAAAGAAAUGUCACCGUUUUAUGUUGAAGUGCCGAGCUUUUAUCUGGUUUGCAAAUGUCAGCAAGUACCAUGAGCCGCUCUUCUAAAAGCAUCCAAGUUCUAGAUAAACGAAAAACGACUUUCUUUGCAUUUGGACUGAAAUACUUCACUUUUCAACCGUACGUCAGGACAAGAUGUCAGUAAGCCAAUGAAAUCCCAUAAAUGCCUUCAGAAUAAAAUAUUUAUUUUCAGCCUUUUGAGUGUGCAAGGUCCCAUCUAACUUUAAAAAAAAAAAAAAUUAGUGCAAACAAAAUCAAGUAGCGCAUACGGGAGUUACUUAUUUUUCAGUGUAAUCACUUACAACCAUACGAUUAAACAGCUGAGCAAGCGUUGCACCUUUCUGCUGUAAACCUAAUCCAUUUUUUUCCCAGUGUCCUUUGGUGCCUACCAAUCCCAUCACAUGUCCCUUUUAUCAUUUUGGUCCAUUUUAAGUAUUUGAAUGCGAGUGAAGUGUUUUGUAAAAGGGAAAAACGCCUGCUAGCUGCCUGUGUGCAUGACCUCUUGGCCAGGGAGAGGCUUCCCGGUCAAAUGCUGCUUAUCCUCAUUUAUCUCGUUCAGUAAAAAGUUUCUCAGAUUUUAAUCCUAGCUGGUCUGCAAACGGCUCAGAAUAGGUUUAACUUGUUAAAACGAUUAAAAUCUAAUCGAGCAAUACUCCCCCAUUAGGUCCUUACUCCGGGUGAACUAGUGUUUCUUUUGCUUCAGAGGUUUUGUUUCUAUUUUGCAUUAACAGUAUUACUGUGCUCUCUUCUCAUAUUCUAGGAAAGCCUCACCUUUUACUUAAAAACUGAAUUGUGCCUUUUUUUAUUUUCUUAUACCAUUUCCCAUGGUUAACACAUGUGCUGGUAUUGACCCUUUUCUGUAC